CUGUGGGGGAAAGGUUUGAAUGUGUACAUGUCAAGGUAAAUCAGACAGUCAGAGGCAGAAGAUGUGUGAGUGCGGGCGUGCACGUUUGUUGAAUGAAGAGACACAAAUACACACUGCAGCAGCAGUCACAGGCACGUGGUCAGAACCCAACCCAACCCAACCCCACCCUACUGGGCUAGGUCUACCCACAACAAAACUAACCAAAUAUGAAAGAGGAAGAGAGAUCUUUUUGCCUAAAAUUAAUAGCAUUUACAUUUAAAAUAGAAUGUUCUAAAUGGGUAAUAUAUUCGAAGAAACACUCAAACAGACACACAUGCUUUCACUCAUGCACGCGCAUACCCAAACACACACCAAAAUCCAUCGCUUUGUUUUCCCCAGCUUUAUGGUGGUGGCACUCCUCCAUUAGGAAUUUGUAGUGGUGAGAGGAGGGGCGUUUGUGUAUGUGUGAAAGAACAGUCGGUCUCCUCCCCUCGUCUCCCCCCGCCCCCCAUGCCUUUGUGUGCGUGAGGCUCUCUGUGAGCGGCGGUUCUUCAAGUGAGAUAUCGGUUCUUCAAGUGAGAUAUCGGUUCGUUUCUGAGCGCUGUUUGAGUUUGUGUGGGCUGUUCGAACAUAGCGUGGCUGACUGGGACUGGGGUGAACCGGUAGAAGGCACGUGAAACCUCUGAGUUUAUUCACACAUGCGCGAUCAGAAGGGAAAAUAACGGAGAAAUAUCGAAUAUAGGACUUUUCCCUUUCGUUUUACCCAUCUAUCAUUCUCUCGUCCUCUCAAUCCGUGGAGAAUCUGACCAACCCAAACAACCUAAUGUGUGUGUAUGUGUGUUUUGGGGGCGUAAAACCACUAGCAGCGCGUGAAGAUGGAUUAACGUUUGAACGGAAAACUGGAGCAACACGCUAGACCUCGGCGAGGGGGGAGGGCAAGACCGGCCUCUGCAAACACACACAACCCGCGGGACAGAGACUCUGAUUGGAACAAAACCAGGAUGAUAUCAUCACCAAAAGCCAAGACCAAGAAGAAACCUCCCAAAGACAGUAUGACACUUCUACCAUGUUUCUACUUCAUAGAGCUCCCCAUCGUCCUCUCCUCCCUUGUCUCUCUCUACUUCAUGGAGUUGACAGACCUGUUGUCCCCGGCGACCCCUGGGUUCCAUUGCUAUGACCGUGACCUGUCGUUGCCCUACCUGGAGACAGGAGACGAACUGAUCCCUCUGCUGAUGUUACUGAGCCUGGCCUUCGCAGGACCGGCUGCCUCGAUCAUGCUAGGUGAAGGGCUGGUGUAUUGUUACCAGUCCAGAGUCAAACAGAGUAAAGCUGAAGGAUCCAUUAUCGCUGGAGGGUGUAACUUCAACUCCUUCCUACGGAGGACUGUUCGCUUUGUUGGUGUUCAUGUGUUUGGUCUCCUGGCAACAGCCCUAAUGACGGACAUCAUCCAAUUGGCUACUGGUUAUCCCACCCCUUUCUUCCUGACUGUCUGUCAGCCCAAUUACACACUGCCUGGGAUAUCAUGUGACCAGAACAACUACAUCACACAGGACAUCUGCUCUGGGAAAGAUCUAUAUGCCAUCCUGUCAGCCAGGAAAACAUUUCCGUCCCAGCAUGCAACGCUCUCUGGCUUCGCUGCUGUCUACAUCUCUAUGUAUUUGAACAGUGUGAUCAGCAGUAGUACUAAGCUGGUGAAGCCGAUGCUGGUGUUUGGAUACUGUCUGGCGGCGGGUAUAGCCGGACUGACUCAGAUCACACAACACCGCUGCCAUCCCAGAGAUGUCUAUGUUGGCUACGCCAUAGGAGCUGGCAUAGGAGUCUACCUGUCUCUGUAUGCAGUAGGUAACUUCAGGUCAUCCGAGGAGGACUGCCUCCCCCAGCCUGUCCGGAGGGCUGCGUCCCCCCCCCAGCAGCAGAGGGAGGUGGUGGUGAGGGGAAGAGCCCAGAGAGGUCAUGCUUCUCAGCACGGCUCUCUGUACCGCAGCAAGACACCCAGACCCUCAGACAGCAGGGAGGAACUGGGCACUGGACGAUGCAAGGUUCGUAGGGAGAAGGCCAGCGUAGCAUCUCUGAAGAGGGCCAGUGCUGACGUGGAGCUCCUGGCACCCCGCGGCCCCAUGGGAAAGGAAACCAUGGUAACAUUCAGCAAUACCUUACCCCGCGUUGCCAAUGGCAGCAGCAGCACCUUGCCCCCCGGAGACGACCCCUCCAACCAGCGUCACAUGACCUUCCACCUGUCCUUCGACCCCCGCAGGUCACAACCAAGGCUGCGCCCACCGCUGGUGAAGGAGUGGAGACAGCAGCACUCUACGGAGAGACAGAGCGAGGAGGAGGGAGAGACGGACACAUCUGGCGGAGGAGAGGGAGGAGCAGGAGGAGGGGGAGACGCAGGUGAGACAGGGGUGAUGAAUCCUCCCUCCCUCUAUCCGAUGGUACAGUCGGCCAAUAGAGCCGUUGCCACGGCUACCCCAACGCCAGCCCCACUAGUGCAUAUCCCUAAGGAGGGGAUUAGACACCCCCCUACUGUCUCCCCUCUACCUCCUUCUGUCUCCUCUCUACCUCCCCCCGUCUCCCCUAAGAGCGCGGUGACGCGUGCCAAGUUGAUGUCACUUAACCAGGGAGGGGAACGAGUCAGGGAGGGGCCUAUCCCUGUGACGACUCCGCGUGUGCCCCACCAGCCGCCCAAUCAGCCGCGAGUGGCGCAGGUCAUUGCCAUGUCCAAGCAGCAUGGACCAAUCAGCUCCUCUGCCAAGGGCUCUGAGUCCACCUCUUCCUGUGGGGGAGGGUCUUCAACAGGAAGCUCUGAGUCGCCGUACUACCGGGUCCCCUCCGACCGCGACAGCCACACCGGGAGUGUUACCGGGAGCGUUACCGGGAGUAUUGUCACCAUAGACGCUCACGCCCCUCAUCACCCUGUGGUCAGGGUGUCUAGCAGUGUCGGUACCGGGAGUAACGGGACCCUGGGGGCCAGAGUAACAGCUGCCGGUAACGGGACCCCCUGGGAGCGGAGGAACACCACCAGCGGGAGCGUCGGUGAGCAGGGCCAGAGGGGGGCGCUGCAGCGCCAGGAGAAAGUCUCUGCACCGGAAUAUCGGGAAUACAGAACACUUCCUGUGAAAUCAGACUCUAUCUGCUCCUCCUCUCCCAGCCAGACCGAUUCCUCCACCCUGCCCCCCCCUCCUCAACCCAUCUCCUCCCCCCUCCCUCCCCCUUCUCCCCCCUCCUACUCACCCCUCCCUCCCCCUCCUCCCCACUUCUACUCCCCUCUCCCUCCCCCUCCUCAUCCAGAUCUGCUGUUGGACAGUUACUCCCCCCCCCUCCCCCGCUCUAUGACCCUCCCCCGCCGGCCCACUGUCUCAGCCCACAGCCGCGCUGAUCAAGAAGUCUAUUACAAGACCAUGCAGACAGAGAGGAGAUUAUAACGCGACAUAGAGGAGUUAUAAUAGACAGUAACACUACUAAAAACAGACUACGAGGUCAGAAGAGAAAAUAGGGGACCUUACAGAGCGAGAGGUUAUAAGACGACAUAGAUAAAUUAAGAUAGACAGUAGUACCUCUACAUAACCAUAUAGUCAGGGGACGUUAUUAAAUGUAACACAUUUUGGGGAGACCUAACAGUCAGGGGAAAUUAUUAAAUGUGACACCGUUUGGGGAGACCUAACAGUCAGGAGAACUACUACAUGACUUAAAUGAGUGAGAGGAGGUUAUGAGACAACUUAGGAGUUAAAAUGUAAUAUAAUGGAGGUUAUAACUUGGCGUAGAGGAGUCACAAUGAUCCAGAACACUACUUCAAUACUGAGAAAGGGUCCAGAUGGAAACAGACAAAUAGCUGAUCUUCAAGACAGAGUAGAGUAGGAGAAGGACAUGAGAUGACUUAAAGAAGUUAAGAUGCGACAUAACAGCAAAACCUACUGUUAAGUCAAGGUCUAACAGUAGUGGAGGUUAUAACGUGACAUAGAACACUGCUAAGUCAGGGUCUAACAGUGGAGGUGGAGCGUGUGAACGAAGGUCUUCAGGAGCAUGGAGACUGGAUCACUAAAGACAACAGAAACAAUAGCAGCUCUAGUAGUUGGUUUACCACCGACUACCAUCUGACUAGACUAUACAACUAUACUGACUAUACUCACCAGCUGUAGUAUACUAUACUGUAUAUAGGAUCUCUCAGGUUUCCAUUCCACUGACUUACUGUAGAGACCAAGAAGAGGAGGGGAAAAGGAGGAAGGAAAGUGAACAUCUUGGAGAGGAUUACUACAGUAAACAAAGAGGGGGAGACGAAGACUGGAGGGAACAUUUGGCUUAACAAUGUGAACAGAUCCACACACACACACACACACACACACACACACACACACACACACACACACACAUAUACAGACACACACAGCUGUGGGAAGUCGUGUGGUGGUGGGGGUCCGCGCUACAGACCGCUAACACAGUGCACUACUUUUAGGAAAAUUGCAUUUUGGGAUUUUAGAUAUGAUUUUGAAUUCAGAUUAAAACACACACACACACACACACACACACACACACACACACACACACACACACACACACACACACACACACACACACACACACACACACACACACACACACACACACACACACACACACACACACACACACACACACAUAUACAGACACACACACAUAUACAGACUCAACUCCAAUUGUAUAACAUUACAUGCAAUAAAUGAUUUUUAAGCUCAUUUGUUGCUAAUCAAACCCCCACUGACAAUACAAUAAGAUAAAUGGUGACUAAAGACUGUGUAGACUUGUGGGGGUGGUCUAUGUGCAUCGGUUGCCUAGCAGCAGAAUGACUUGUUCUGUAGUGGAUAUCUUCUUUUGAUAAUAGAACUGUUGAAUACUGGUGUUAGUCUGCAUGUGUAUGUAUGUGUGUGAGGGUGUGUCUGUCUUGCAUGUGUGUUUCAGUGUGUGAAUGAGUGUAUUCUACUUCAUUGUGUUUCUAUGAACUUGCAUUAUGACUUCUAACAAACAGAAAUGCUGCCUUUUCCAGAGAUGUAAUUUAUUUACCUUUUUGUCUUUAUUACCAAUGUAAAUACUAAUAUUAUAUUACUGUCCUUUUUCACGGGCUACUGUUUUUUAAACUUGUGUUUCCAGGUAAUGGUUUUAAACUCCUUGACUAAGGAAACGUCUAUUUGCAAAUUCAUUGAAUUUUAUGUGACUGACCGGCAUUGGUGGUUUAUGUGUCUCAAGACCGUGUUAGCCCACUGAGCUGAAGCACAGACAUUCGGUUGGAGGAGUCUUUAGUUGUCAAGAAUACAGCUGUUAUCCCUGGAGUAGUGAAAAAGAUCCUCUAUUGACACACACACACACACACAAAAGGAUGUGGGUUG